CAUGAAGAAGGCCCACUCUCUAGUCUCUUCCGCUUAAGAAAAACAGACCACUCCACUCAUUUCCCCACCGGACUGGAUAUGUGAUAAGAAGAAUGGAGAUGAACUCCUGUCUCUCCCGCGUUUCUGCAAUUCCCGGCGUUCUUCAAACAGUGAAAUGCACAGUGCAGUCGCCGCUCGCCGUGAUCGGCAGAAGCUGCGCAGCUUCCUCGGUAUCGGCCCGGCAGCCGCUGCGCAGCUUCCUCGUUCUUCCUCGCGUUUCUCACCGCAACAGUACUUACCGGAAAUCGCCCCGGCUCAAGUCCCGAGCGUUCCUUCUGAAAUCCUCGUCUUGUUUCCACGAACGACCUUCGGUAGCUCUAGAUAGUCUCCGAAUCCUAGAGUGGGACAAGGUUUGCGACGCCGUUGCUUUAUUCGCUGGCACAUCACUUGGCAAGGAAGCCACCAAGGAAAAUCUGUGGAAGUUGAGUCCAACUUUCGAAGAUAGUAUUUCACUUUUAAAGGAAACUAGAGCUGCUGUGGAAAUGUAUAACUACGGUGCAAUGAUGGAGUUCACUGGAAUUGAUGUUGAACUGGUGAAAUUUUCUCUCCGAUGUGCACAUAGGGAUUCUCCUGUGAGUGGGAGUGAAGCUGUUGCACUUGCAGCUCUGCUUCAGUUCGCUGAUGCUAUAAAGACAAAUGUUAAAUCUGCAAUCAAACAAGAUUCAGAGUGGUAUGAGCGCUUCAUGCCUCUUACUGAAAUGAUUAUGGAACUUGAGUCAAGCCGACCUUUAGUGAGCUUCAUACAGCAACUGGUUGAUGAAGAUGGCUCUGUUAAGGAUUCUGCGAGCUCUACUUUGAAACAAUCACGUGAUCAAGUACAUUUUCUGGAAAGAAAGUUAUACCAGUUGCUGGAAGCUUUGAUUAGGAACGAAACAGGGGAAACAUCCUUUUUGGAAGUGCGAACUGUUGAUGGGAGAUGGUGCAUAGCAUCUGGGUCUGCUCAAAGAGUUGGCUUUGAAGGCCUUCUGUUGUCAAGUAAUUCAGGAACGGGAAGUGUUAUAGAACCUCUACCAGCUGUUACAUUAAAUAAUGAGUUGCAACAAGCUAGGGCAUCUGUGGCUAAGGCUGAGGCUGAUGUUCUCUUGAAGUUAACAAAGAAGAUGCAAGAGGAUCUUCAUUGUCUUGAGAAUACAUUCAAUAUCAUAGUCAAACUAGAUGCCAUCAAUGCUCGAGCACAAUAUGGCCUUUCAUAUGGGGGUACAUAUCCUGAUUUGUUUUUUCCACGAAUAAAGGACAACACUGUUGCUACUGAUGCAAUGUUGGAUGAUGAAACCUUCAUAGCAUCACAUCCUUCCCUAGGAAAAUGGACUUUGUAUAUACCAAAAGCACAUCAUCCCUUAUUGCUGCAGAAGCAUCGGGAAAACCUUCACAGCAUGGCGAGAGGAUCUCGAAGUGCUACUUCUGUUGCCGAAAGUAUACAAGCUCCCCCUGUUCCUAUUGACAUAUUUAUAGACGGAAAUACUAAAGUUCUGGUCAUUACUGGUCCCAAUACUGGAGGAAAAACCAUUAGCUUGAAGACUGUUGGAUUGGCUGCAUUGAUGGCAAAGUCAGGGCUUUAUGUGUUAGCUUCUGAACCAGUGAAGAUCCCUUGGUUUGACCUUGUAUUGGCUGAUAUUGGUGAUGAACAGUCCCUCUGCCAGUCUUUGUCCACCUUCUCGGGUCAUCUAAAACAAAUUAGUAAGAUUCAGUCUUGUUCAACAAGUAUGUCCCUCGUGUUACUAGAUGAAGUAGGCGCCGGGACAAAUCCUCUGGAGGGAGCUGCAUUGGGGAUGUCAUUACUAGAGUCCUUUGCAGAAGCUGGUGCUUUGCUGACAAUAGCUACAACACAUCAUGGAGAACUCAAGACCCUUAAGUACAGCUUCAAGGGCUUCGAAAAUGCAUGCAUGGAAUUUGAUGAAGUGAAGCUGAAGCCAACUUACAAGAUUCUUUGGGGAGUUCCAGGACGCUCUAAUGCAAUCAAUAUUGCCGAGAGGCUUGGAAUGCCUAAAGCCAUCCUGGACAAUGCUCGUGAACUUUAUGGAGCAGCCAAUUUAGAAAUUAAUGAGGUGAUACUUGAGAUGGAGAGAUUUAAGCAGCAGAUUCAUGAGCAAGUUCAUGAGACUCAACAUUACUUGAAGCUAUCAAAAGAGCUAUAUAAGAAGCUCCUUGUUGCCAAAAAGAGAAUCGCUGAAUAUGGCAUGGAACAAAGAUACAGGAAAAUGGAAGAACUGUCUCGAGUAGCAGCAGCAGCACGUUCGGAACUCCACAGGAGAGCUCGACAAUUUCGCGCAUCUACAAGGAAAUGUUCUGAAACAGCAGAUUCAAGUGAUUUGGAAAGUGACAAUGCUAACUCAUUAAAAACUGAAAGUCCUAAUGAAGCUACCAGGGAGGAGAUCACGUCCAAAAACUUAAAUCCCCACGUAGUAGCUGAGAAGAAGGCUGAACUUCCCAAGGUUGGUGAUACGGUACAUAUUCUUUCUCUUGGCAAGAAAGCUCUAGUCCUAAAAGUGGAUUCUUCUCGAGCAGAAAUUGUAGUUCAAGCCGGUAACAUGAGGCUCAAGUUGAAAGCUUCUGAUGUUGUAACCUAACAGGUAGAAUUUGCUCCAUCCGUAAUCUGCUUUUUACUAUAUCCGUGUAAAUGCUGAUGGUCGCCAAGGGGAGUUUUAAUGCAAGAUCGAUGUUAUAAAAACUACUCUGUUAU